AUCAAAGACUAUAAAGGCAUAAUAAUUAGUAUUAACAUUCCUUGGCAAGCUAAUUAUUAUAAAAAGUUAUUCAUGUGCAGAAGAUAUAUAAAAAUGAAGACUUCUAUAUGUGCAUGUGCCCUUACAUUAAUUAUAUUAUAGAAGACCGCCAAAUUUUUAUUAAAAAUAUUAAAAGUAUUUCAAACAUUGUACCUUGUAAAAUUGAACGUGCUGUCAUUUUUGUUUAUUUUGUUUAUAAAUUUUUAAAUGUAUAUGCGAUGUUGAUACUUUCAAUACGUUUUUAUACCAUUUGACUUUACGAAACUGUCAUAUGUUUGAAAACGAAAAGCUACCGCCUUCUGCAUACUAUAUAGUAUAGCGACUCCAGAAAACAAAUGUUUGAUCGAAUAGAAUAUAGAUGCAGAAAUUAUCAAUCAAAAUAUAGUAAUAGAAGGAUAUAGCGAUAGUAAUAAAAUACUAUAUCUUUUAUGUAAUAAUUAUUCAUAUCGGAAAAUGACUGAAGAAUUAUUAUCUAAAGAAAAAGAAUUUCAUCAGUUGAAUAAAGAACUUGAGCAGAAAGCAAGCAAUUUGAUAGCAAAAAUAGAUUCUGUUGUUAACACUUACAAUAACGGAUGCUCGAAUCUUAAUUCGAGGAAACAUUGCGUAAAUGCGACGAGAGAAAGAACAGCCUGUUUAAAUGGUAUAACAAUACAAAAUAAAGAUAAUUUUCAGAUUUUGGUUAAACGAAAUUCAUCUUUACCUCAUAUUUUCGAUCAAUCCGUUGCUUUGAAGCCAAAAAUAGAAUCACAGAAAGAUAACGAGGAUGAAGUUUCUAAGCAAAAGAACCUGGCAAAUAAAACUGUUCUCAAUUUCUUAAAAGCUAAGGUAGAUAUAUUACAGGAUGAGCUACAAACAAUGCGAAUUGAAUAUAGAAAACAGUGUGAUAUUUGCAAAAAUUUGGAAUCUGAAAAUAACAAGAUUGAAAUUAAGUUAAAAGCUGAAAUAGAGUCAUUAAAAGAAACAAUUACAAAAUUAGAGAACACUAACAAGGAGUUGCACUGUCAAUCACAAGCAUUAAAUACAGAAAAUUCAAUCUUAAAAAAAGACUUAGAUAGACUUCAAAAGCAAGUAAAGAUAACAAAUCAACAGUCUAAUAGUUGCUUGAUGAGAUUAAAUAGAUCUUUGGAAAAUAAUGAUAAACUUAAGAAUGCAUUGAAAUAUUCUGAAGUAGAAGAAAAGGAAUUGAAGACCCAAAUUAGAAAGUUAGAAGAAGAUAGAAAAUUAACAGUUAAUCAUUUGGGAAAGCAACUUUCGGAAUUAAUACAAGUGUUUAAAAAACAAAUGUUAAUUGUAGAUAACUUAAAGAAGCAAAAUGCAUGCUUACUGGCAGUUGGACAACUAAAAUUAACAAAAGAAGAUUUCUCAAGAUUAUUGGAUCAGAAACCUGAAAAUGUAUGAUAUAUUGUAUAUAAAACAUUUAUUAAAUGACUACUGCAAUUCAUACAUUGCAAAAGAUGGAAUAACUUCAUUUCAUAGCCAUACAUUUUAUACAAUUUUAUAUUACAUGAUAUAAUCCUUAAUAUUUUUUAUGAAAA